AUGGCAAAAGGUCAUCCGUUCUGUGAAUGGCUUCUUCGUAGGCUGGGACUGUAUAAGGCGCAGCUCAAUCCCAAGAGCAGUGAAGGAUGUCUUGGUCAAAGCAUGUCCUCUGGGAUCUCGGACUCUGUAAGCAAACGAAAAGUGGCAUCUUCGAUCGAACCAUGUCUUCGCAAUGAAUCGGAAUCCAAACUCAUAUCUCUCCCUUUCGAGGUACGAGCCAUGAUCUGGCAGUAUUAUUUCGACGGAGUAUCCGUGAACUGUCGAAUCCGAGACAAGAGAUCAAAACUUGCUGCCUUGCUGCCCGAAAAGAUGAAGGGCUGUGGUCUCCCAGCUAUCGUCUUGACAUGUCGGAAAUUAUAUCCAGAAAUAAUCGAUGCAAUGUGGAAACACUGUAUCUUCCAAACAGAUGCUCCUACUAUCCGGUAUCUCGACCGAUUCGUACUCCCUCGACACAUGGAUUCUACUGCCCACAUCUCGAUAACAUGGCGAUAUGCGAUAGGGAAAGCACCGAGAGCCAAUACAACUGCCAGAUUAGAAUGGGAAGAAGGCACAUGGGGCCCAGUUUGGCGGGGGCAGAAAAAGCAAUUGAUAGGUUUCAUGAUGGAAGUCAAGGGACUUGAGGGGCUGAGUGUGAUUAUUGAAGAUGGAGAGGUCGUUCAUUAUUUGGGGUGUGAAAUUCCUUGGAAAGAUGGACGGUGGUUGUAUGAUCGAAAGACGAUGAAUGAAUGUGUCAUUGAUAGCUUAGAUAAUCCAGAUUGCGACUGCCGAGCUUGA